AAAAGCUGUGAAGGGGGCACCCGGAUUUGAACCGGGGACCUCUUGAUCUGCAGUCAAAUGCUCUACCACUGAGCUAUACCCCCACUUGCUCCUGCCAGUUGAAAUAACUACUAACAACCACAAGGAGUGCUGUAGAACAGUGUUGUGCAUUCCUGGGAUUGUGCAGCUUAUAUAAAUAAUACAAGACAUAGAUUUACUGUUGUCAUAGAACUGCAACUCACAUGAUGCGUUACCAGCCUUAGGGUUGGCAAAUCAUCAAGGGAGCUGCAGUUCUGCAACACCAGGAGAGCCACCUUAACCCUCCCCCUGUAGUUUUUUUUACUAUUUAGAAAGGCUUUCCAACUACUCCUCUUGUUGUGUAUCCUCCUUCUGCAGUUCAUGUGAAAUCUCUUAUCACACCCCUGCCUUAUCUUUAAUUUGUAAAGUAUUCAGUAAAUCCAAUGAAUCCAACCUUGUUUAACCAUGAUCUCCUGUAGGAUAACAGGGUCAGCUCCCAGAUGCUCAAAUCCCAAAAAUUCUAAAGAGAACCUACCUUCCUUGGUGUAUUUACUAUGAUUUCUUGGGGAUUAAUUGCUCUAUUGUCUAUGUGGCCUGUGUCACCUUCUGGUUUAGAUAAAGAGCAACAGUGGGAUUAAUUCUUAAUCAGAUGGCAUGAUAUAUUGGUGUGGGAAUGCAGUCUAGCAGCCAUUCUGAGUCAGCUCUUCUGAUGAUAAUGUUUCUUGCCUGCCUCUUGUGUCUGGCUGCCCACCUGGGCAGCAGCCUGGCUUCUUGUCCCAAAAGAUGUACUUGCAAUUUCCCCAGGUUACUUCAGUGUUUUAGGGUGUCAGAUGUACCUGGGGACAUCCCUGACAGCACCAGGAAGCUGUACAUCAGCCACAGCAAAAUCAAGCACUUUCAGAUUUCUGUCUUUGGUGGAAUGUCAAAUUUGCAAGAGCUGGCACUUUAUUCAAGUGGAAUUGAAUCUGUUGACAACAAUACACUUAAAGGUUUAAGUAAAUUAAAAGCUUUAGAAGUAUGGAAAAAUAAAUUGACACGUAUUCCAAGACCUCUGCCUACAGAUUUGGAAGUGUUAAAGUUGGGAGACAAUUCUAUCAGUUUUAUUUUUUAUGAUGAUUUUAAAGGUUUGAAGAAACUCAGAGUGCUUGAAAUGCAGAAUAACCUCAUACGCCAAUUAUCAUUCAAUGUAUUUUCUGAACUUUUGAAUGUGGAAAGUGUGACUUUGGAGGGCAAUGAGAUAGAGACUAUAUCAGGACAGGCUAGACUUCCGCAGCUGAGAUACCUCAACAUGGACAAUAACAGACUUCAGUUUUUCCCUGAAAACUUUUUUGCCUAUUUUUCAAGCUUGCAGUAUCUGAGAAUGGCAGGCAACCAGCUUUUAAAGAUCCCGGGUCACCUGCCCAAGACUCUCCAACACUUAAGAUUAGAGAGAAAUCACAUAAAAAAUGUAAAGAUCAGAGACAUUAAACAUCUGGACAAUCUUUCGGAGCUGAAUCUCUCUGGGAACCAGCUUUCUACUGCAGAUAGUGUACAAGUUCUCAGCAAUUUGUCCUCAUUUGAUAUCUCCAAGAACCAGAUUCAAUUUCUGCCUCAUAAACUUCCAACCAAGCUACAGAGACUUGAUUGCAGUAAUAAUCAAAUCUCUAGGCUAACAGUGCUCAACUUUAAAAACCUACAAAGUCUCAAGCAUCUAUUCCUGGAUAAUAAUAUUGUAAGCAGUGUUGAUGAUAAUUCAUUUCAUUGGUGUGUUCACUUAUCCAACCUGGCAAUGGAGCAAAAUUUAUUGACUUCACUCCCAGUAGGGCUCCCAGUCACAUUAACAAGGCUGGAUCUUAAAGGGAACAAAAUAGAGUCCAUUGGAGAAUCAGACGUGAAAGGUUUAAGAAAACUCCAAGUUCUGAACCUUCGAAACAACAAGAUUUCCUUGCUAGACCACCAAGUGUUAGAAUGUCUGCCACGUCUCCGGCACUUGUAUCUUGAAGGGAACCCCUGGAAUUGCACAUGCAAACUUCUCAUGGUCAAAAGAUUUUUAAUUGAUAAAGGAACCGAUAUAAAAGGAGGGCAAUGUGCCGAGCCUAGCAUAUCUCGUGGAGAAAGCUGGAUGUCCUCUGACACCAUUUUAAGACACUGUGAAAACACAUUUAGCAAAAGUAAAGAAAACAAGAAAAAGCUCAAAAUAGAUGAAUUCUCUAAUAUGAAAAUGCAAAUUGAAGAUGAGGAUGAUGAAGAUUAUGAUUAUGACAUAGAAUAAUGAUUUAACCGUACCUGUAAGAGUUACCAUUGGUUUUUGUAUUUGUUUUUAGGAGAAAUCCAUUAUUUAUUAGUUAAGCUUCAGGUAGUUCAUUUAUAUUUAAACUAUAUGAUUUAUUGAUUGACUUGGAAUCCUGGAGACAUAAUA